UGUCGGCCGUGCCAAGUCUCAGCUCGCUCUCCAUCCGUUCGAAACGCGGCCGGGACUCGUUCGCUGUCGCUGGUGCCCGGAACAUAUAGCCUCAGGUCGAUGAACAGGUUCAGGAGCGCGGUGCUACGCAGGUGCAAGAGCCUGUCGCGCGUGGCCGUGGGGGCGCGCCCCAGCCCGGCGCCCUACAGCAACCUGCGCUCCAUGUCCACCAGGGACGCCGCCGUCGAUGCCGACGACGGCGGCGGUGCGGCGGCGUCAGGCGGCGCGGUGGUGUUGGUGGGCAGCUCGCGGCGGCGGUACGUGAUCAGCGAGGAGCACCUGAGCCACCCGCUGAUCGCCGCGCUCAUCGGCGGCGACGAGGGGCGGCGGCGGAAGGGCGAGCCCGCCGCCGUCAACUGCGAGGUGGUGCUGUUCGACCACCUGCUGUGGAUGCUGGACAACGCCGCGGACGACCUCCGCGGCGACGACGGCGCCGCCAUGAGGGAGCUCGCGCAGCUCUACGCUUGCUGAUCGAUCGAGGGGCCGUCGUCGUUAAUACAGAGACACACGGUUAAUGGUUCUUUUGUCAGGUUAUUAUUAAUUCCAUUCGUUAAGCGGCAUGCCUCGAUUGAUCUUAAAUUCUUUUUUUUUUCGCUGUUCUUGCGCCGGAUAUCUAAGAUUUUUUGGGCGCCACUGUUUGUAACUUCAAGUACAGAGAUGGGUCUACACACAUGAUGAUGCUAGUUGCUGUUGCCUGCUAUAUGGUUUCUUUGUAUCGGCCACGCUUCUGAUAGAUUUUAUUUGCUUUAGAGAGGCGGCAUCAUCAUGUUGCUUAAGCUUGUCUGCAUGAUGAUGUAGAUGUUGUAAA